CGCCCUUUCUACUGACGACAUGGACUGGAUUGAACCCUCUCGAGCCUUUUCGCUGAGAUGGUCCAUCUCAGGUCUCGCAUUGGACCCCCAUCCGAUCUUGAUUAUUCAUAGUCUGGGAGGAGAGAUCUAGCCGCCGAAUGCUACAUUUCCCGGUACCGAGGCCGACGGGUCCACCGGCAUCCCCUUGGCGGGCAUCUCCGGAACCGGCCUACGACCAAGCAUCACCUACUCGCUCUUCUUCAUCCGACAAGAACUUACCUGCGUUGCCACAACAAGAUCGUGGUCAGAUCCUCAGUAUGUCACAGUCUGACAUUCCACGGGAGGCUUCCUCUUCCAACGGAUCAAAGGGUGGAUUCAAAUGGUGGUGGAAAGGAGGAAAGAAGGAGGCAGAAAGGCGCAAAUCGCUCGGAAUAGGCAGUAGCCGUACUUCGUACCAUGUUGACGAGCUUUCGUCGGGAUUGCAAGGAGUAACCAUCGGGAACAACGGGCCUCGCGCUUCGUCUGCAAGAUCAGAAAAUUUCAGCAACAGUCUUAAAUUUCCCGAUACUGUUGGCGGGAACAUCCAUACCGAUCCUUCCGGGAGGAAGCGAACACCUCCGCCUCCUCCUAUACCCCCUCGACCCGAAAUUUCCACUUCUACCUCUAUGAGAACGCCCGUGACAUCGUCAUCUACAUCGAGAACUAGCCCUACCAAACUCUACCGAAAAUACGAUCCGCCUCCUAUACAGGUACCCGCCCACCUGCCGGAUCUGUAUAGCUCACCGACGAGGUCGAGCCGACUCCAGGAAUCUGAAACACCGUCACAGCACAUGCAUCAUAGCCGUUCGCAGCCGACAUUACUUGCUACACAAGCCCAACAAAGGUACUCUGCUCCGCAGCAACCAUAUCUACCGCACUCAAGCACGACUCCGGAGCUCACCUCGUCGAGACCGAUUGUAGGCCCGCAACCGCCGCACUCCCAGGGACCUCGCACACCGCACGAGUACAGGUCAUCUGCAUUAUCACCUACCCAUCGAGACAAUCUGGCCGACUCUGCCAGAUACCGAUCUCCACCAUCUUCGCAACGAUAUGACAAGCUACCGCCGCGCUUUCAGCCACCUACGACCCCUACGUCGAACCGCACGAGCACUUCCCAUCUGGGCACCCCGGCCUCGAACUCAGGUUCUCCUGCUCGGCCUGGAACUACCGGUACAUCUCGUCAAUGUUCCGGUUUCACGCGACUAGGAAGGAGAUGUAAACGGAUGGUCAAGACUGCAGCACCUUAUGCGGCGCUAGUAGAUGGACAGCUGGAAAUCAUCAACAAGCCAAUAGCUGCUUUGGGUAGCCCUUCGUCGAUUCGGAAUGACGGUCGCGGUGUCGUUGCUGACGCUGGUGAUACAACGAUCGAAGAGGAACCUCGAUAUUGUCGGGAUCACGUCAAGCAGAUCUGCGAUGCCGAAGGAUUCUAUUGGAAGGGACAGAGAGGAGACAAAUGGAUCAGGUUUUCGGAUUGGAUACCGGAUGAGCUGGAAGAACAGAGUAAAGUGUUGUUACGGUUGACGAUGGAGAGCGCUUUAACGAGCAGAGAAUGCGAAGGAUAUAUUUACGCCUACGAAUUACGAGAUUUACAAACGGAUAAAAUCGCCUACUACAAGGUAGGCCGAACAGACAACGUGACGCGGAGGCUUGACGAGUGGAAGAAGCGCUGCACGUCCCAUCAUCCGACUUUGCGCGAUAUCUUUCCGCUUCAAGACGAGGGGCCGGGUCACUCCAUGCUGCCGGGUGCAAUGGGAGGUGGGAUUGAAAGCGAUGGUGCGGCACGACCGACGUGUCCCGCAGUCAAGCGAUUGGAACGGUUGGUGCAUAUCGAAAUGGCGGCGCAUUCUGCCCAGAGUACUGGCAAUCACUUCAGAAGAACAAGAUACGACUGCUUAGACUGUCAAACAUCGCAUCAAGAAAUCUUCCCGAUCACCAGGGUACUGAAGGAUCCGCACCAGUUGGAUGCUGCAGGGUGGGAGUACGAACAGGUGGUCAAGACGGCAAUCUUGCGGUGGGAAGCCUUUGUGCGAGAGAUUAUGACCUGAAAGUUUGCGUUUAAUGUCCCGUUAUCGGGCCAUAGAUACUAGCGAGUCGUGGUCAGAUACGAUUGUAAUACCACGGCCGAAAGGCUGCAUCGCUUCACGUUUAACCGAUACGGCAUGUUCGUGCAUGCGAGACCCG